CUGCUCACACAAAAAUAUGUUUUCAAAAAGAUGUCAAACAAUGUGGAUUGAAAUUGUAUUUGACGGUUUCGAUGUGACAAAUAUGACAUACAAUGCAAAAUUUGAAAGCAUGGAACUGUUCAGUGUCAUCGGCGGUUACAUGGGAAUGUACCUUGGAGUUUCGAUUGUGGCUGUUUAUGAUUUUGCUGAAAUAGUGAUGACAGGAGUUUAUACUUUUUGGCGAAAACAUUCUAAAAAGAAAAAGCAAUCCAAAAAGCGUAAUCAAAAAAUAUUUAACCCAAAAGUUCAUUCGCAAUUUGAGAAUGAUUUUCGAAGGAUGGAGUCGCUAAGAGGGGGAAAAACUCAUAAGAUGUAUUAAUUUCAUAAAUUAAAUUUCUUUCCUUUUUAACCUUUGACUUUUUAUCUGCAAUUUUAUUAUUAUUAUCGAAUUCUGGUUAAAUCGUCAUAGAAUGACUUACAAUUGGUGUACUGAAAUAAAGAAAUAAAAAUAAAUGAAUAUUAA